CAAACAUGCUACAAAUCACUGUUCCCAAGUCCAACAUUCUUCUUCCAGAAUACUCUGGUGCCCUACUCGAAGGAGUCACCUACAACAAGUCCAACAAUUCGCUUUUGUGGGUGGAGAUCGAAGGUGCCACCUUACACCGGUAUUUUUUUGAUACCGCCGAACACCAGGUCUUGUCACUGAACCUUCCGGGUGACUCGUUUGGAACAUUAGGGCUCACCACCAACGACGACAAGGUGGUGUUGGGGAAUCGCACGGGUGUGGUGGCGGCGGACUUCUCGACCCAGGAAAUCACGCCAAUUGUGUCGUAUCCGCCAAAUUCUCGGACUAGGUCCAACGAUGGUAAGAUCGACCCCCACGGCAAUUUAAUCGUGGGGACCAUGUCAGACUUUCCGUACGAGACGGCGGCCGAGGGACUGGUGUUCCGGCUCAAUUCCAGGAGCUUGAAGCUUGAAACCUGGAAAACCAACACCACAAUUGCCAAUGGGUUGGGAUGGAGCCCGGACUUGACGAAAUUUUAUUGGACCGACUCGGGGAGCAAACAGGUGUAUGUGUACGACUACGACGAGAAGAGUGACCAGAUCAGUAACGAAAAGGUGUUUUUUGAUGUCAGGUCUAUCACCAGUGAUCCACUGUCAGCUCCAGACGGGAUGUGUGUGAGCGAGAAGGGCAACAUUUUUGUAGCGGUGUUCAACCAGGCGGCGGUGUUGAAGUUGAACAGCAGCGGUGAGGUGGUCACCAGGUUCAACAUCCCGGCUCCACGGAUCACGUGUGUGACAAUCGGGGGAAAGAACGGCGAUGAGAUGUUUGUCACCACCGCCGGAGACCACGGCAGGGGCACCAAGUCGGAGUAUGAGGGAGAAGACUUGGGCGGCCAUUUGUUUUGGUACAAAUUGGAGGAGUCGGAGAGCGAGACCCAGUUUAUCUGGGGAGGCGAUGUUUAGGAUACAAUGUGAUAUAAAAAUAAAUAUAGUGUUUUAGGAUGCAAAGUAGAUUGAGAUUCUAAUGGUUUAGGAUGCGAAGCAAUAUAAAAAUAUUUCUGGUGUGGGAUGCAUAGCUUCAGUGCCAAGAUGCAAAAGCACACCUAACUUCCGUGCUGCAGCUCCCACUCGUCACUCAACUUCAAAAAUCGCUGCACAAACUCCUCAAUGAGCACAUUCUGCUCCGAACCAUCCAGACGCAAAUCGUUAAUCUUCAAAUUGAGGAGAUAAUUUUUGUUGGACGACUCGAAAGUGUCGGCCAACUUGAUCAACGUAGAAAGAUGCAUCUGUAAGGCGGGAAUUGUGAGGAGAUUUUUGAUGGUGGGAUCGCUGACGAUAAAGGAGAAUCUGUCGGGCCGCAGAGGAGAGACAGGGGCGGUUUGGGCUGUGGUGGUGCCAACACCACCACGAUUGUCGGCAUGCCGCGCAGUAUGUGUAUCGCUCUUAUAGCAUGCUAUUGAACAGUAGUUGACCGAACACCGAGGGCAUUUGUAUUUGGAUACCUCGUUGUUGCAUACCUCACACAACAUGAAACAAAAAUAUUUUCAGAUUAGAUGAGAUGCGACAAACCCACAUCCGCAGAAGCAUUAUCAGAGGUUGAAUAGUUAGGUAUCUAGAACCCAAUGCUUUAGUGGCUGAGUUCCUUACUACAGUUUAGACUUUACAUUAAUUAUAAAAUACCACUUGGCGCACCUUGUAAACCAUAUUCUAAGGUUUCGUACUUAAGGAAUUUCCAUAUAGGCUAUUUGUGUAGCCAAGAAUCUCCCCGGAUUUAGCGACCACCGGCAUAAAUUUAGUGGUGCAUCGCAACAUGAUUUUUGUUUUAAUUGUAGCAAAAAGGAUGAAAAUGGGUAUGGGUGCUGUUUGGAACCCUUCCCGACACCCAACACAAGUGAGUGACUUCAUUGACAAAAAUCACUCAAACACCGGGUUGUAAUGUCGUGAACCAAAAUGUGGUCAGCAGGCCCGGUUAGGGGUGCAGUAUAUUAGAUCGACAUAUAUAAGUAUGCGGGAGAGCCGUAGGCCCAGAUCAUGCUGAAGUGCGUUGACGAACACACGAGGAAGCCAAGAAAUGGGACAAACUACCAAGAAAGAGAUCAAU